UGGGAGAUAAAAUCGCAACAACGUGAUAUUUACGAGAAACAAUUUUUGACGUUAGUAAAAGAUGACGAAACGGGUUUGGUUUCUGGAGCAAUUGCUAAAAAUCAUUUCUUAAAAUCCAAACUUGAUAAACAAGAAUUGAGCAAAAUUUGGAAGUUGGCUGAUGUGAAUAUGGAUAAUGCUUUAAAUUUAGCGGAAUUUUGUAUUGCUAUGCAUUUGGUGAUAUGCAGGAAGCAUGGGCUUAAAGUUCCGGACACACUUCCGACUGCUUUA